AAACACUUAUAAGACACGAGCCUUUCUGUGCACAACAGCCCACUUCAGCGUGAGAAAAUGGAAGUGUCUCAGUCGAGACUUCCAAAAAUAUCCCCUCUGUGAAAAGAGGAGACGUAGGCAGAGAGUAAUGUACUUUCUCUCUCUCCCACCCUUCUCAUUUAUGAAGUACCACGCAGUGAACUCAUCUUUCAUUCAGCAGCAGAAGCCGAAAAAUUGCUCCGUGUAUCUGGCCCGACUUUUCAUUCCAUUACAGUCGGACUAGAAUCCCGAACGCAUCUCUGAAAAGGCAUUUCUUUGGGCUACAUAUAAAUGGGGCACUGCUGCAGGCAUCAUGACCACAGCUAGGUACCGACCCACCUGGGAUUUGGCCCUGGACCCGCUGGUGACCUGUAAGUUGUGCCUGGGAGAAUUUCCCUUGGAGCAAAUGACCACCAUCACCCAGUGCCAAUGCAUCUUCUGCACCCUGUGCCUGAAGCAGUAUGUGGAAAUUCUCAUAAAAGAGGGCUUUGAAACGGCCAUCAGUUGUCCAGACUCAGCCUGUCCGAAACGUGGACAUUUACAAGAAAAUGAGAUUGAAUGCAUGGUGGCCACAGAGAUAAUGCAGAGGUACAGGAAGCUGCAGUUUGAGAAGGAGGUGUUGCUGGACCCGAGCCGGACCUGGUGCCCGUCCUCCACGUGCCAGGCCGUGUGCCAGCUGAAGGAGUCUGACACGCCGCUUCCGCAGUUGGUGCGGUGCAGCAUUUGCACACUUGAGUUCUGUUCCGCCUGCAAGGCCAGCUGGCACCCGGACCAAGACUGCCAGGAGAACGUUCCCAUCACCUCGUUUCUACCUGGAGAAAGCAGUUCAUUCUUUAAAGCUGAUGAUGACGACGCCCCCAUCAAACGCUGUCCUAAAUGUAAAGUCUACAUAGAAAGAGACGAGGGCUGUGCCCAGAUGAUGUGUAAGAACUGCAAGCAUGCUUUCUGCUGGUACUGCCUGGAGUCUCUGGACGACGACUUCCUCCUGAUCCAUUAUGACAAAGGACCCUGUCGGAAUAAAUUAGGCCACUCCAGAGCCUCGGUGAUCUGGCACAGAACACAGGUUGUUGGAAUCUUUGCCGGUUUCGGCCUCCUCUUACUGGUAGCCUCUCCGUUCCUGCUUCUAGCGACACCAUUCGUGCUGUGCUGUAAGUGCAAGUGCAGUAAAGGCGACGACGACCCUUUACCCACCUAACAGCUCGGCGUGAGCAGUCCGAGUACGAGGAAUUGCGGUCAUCUCCUUUAAUCCUUUUUCUUUUCCUCCUCCGCCUCCGAGCUCUUCAUCAACCGGUGGGACCUUGCGCAUUUGAAGCCGCAACACGAGCCAUCUCACGCCACGGUUACUGUCACAGCUAGCUGAGUAGGCUCCAUCCCCACAGGCCCGAUGAGACUAAAGCAGACCUCGUGAGGCUGCUGCUUGCUUAGGUGGGGGAUUCGACAGGUGGGCGUUACGGAAAGAGCCCGGUGCUGUUCCAUCCGGGCGCUUGACUAUUUUGUGGAUGUUUUGCAUAUGUGGCUCUUAUGGAGGGUUCUGUUCUAACAGAAAAUAUAUUCAGUGUGUUUGUCUGUCUGUUUCUAUGUUCAGAGUAGCAUUUCAGUCACAUGGCCUAUUCUUUUAUUACCUGUUUUACACAGAUAAGGGGCUUUUCUGUCACCUUUAAAUGCUCUACAGGGAGUAGAUUUCAUUUCUUGAUUCAAAUAUACAGCUUAAUACUACUUUACGUGUUUAUUAAAAGCUAAAUUGUAGAUUUAAAACAUUUUAAUAGCACUUUCUUUAUGUUUUUGUUCUGUUCAUGUCACUUCGUUGUCUUUCAGUCUGAAAUUUCAGAUAAACCUAGUUUGAUUUUGCUGAUUUUGGCUGUUGAUGUCGGUGAUAUUUGCCAACGAAAUUUCUCUCAGUGCACUUAAAUACAAUUUUUAGCCUUGAGAUUGAGGUCCGACGUCCUUGGAUUUAAAGCAUAAAUAUGAUUCCAAAACAGGGCUGUUGUGUGAGUUUACAAUGCCAAAUAUUGACCGACUGAAAGUGUCACUCAAGUGGCACGCCAAGGCUUAUCUGAACACCCAACAUCUAAAUGCGAACUGUCAAAAUACUGCAACCAAAUAGAUCGUUUUUUAAGCUCUUUCAAAAAAGAAAAAAAUUAGUUUCCUUUUUUGUAGCUAAAGUUGAACUUGAGAAUUGUAUUCAUUUUUUUUUUUUCAGAUAGUAAGGUUUGUAUCCAGCACUAUAUCUAUGCAAGUUCAUAUAACUUGUGGUUUCUGCUGUCUUGAACUGAAUGGAUUAUAUGGACAAGUUGGUGUGUUUUAGUUAAAAGGAAGAAUAUGUUCAAAACAAAUUAUGUUCAACAGUUUCUAAAAAGCCAUUAAAAAUACUUAAAUAUCUUUCAUUUAAUUGACUGGUUUUAAAAUAUAGGUAUGAGACUGAAUGUCAACAUCUUGCCUGCAUCACCUGGAAUAGUUGUAUCAUAUGUACUUAGAAAUAUUCAAAUCAGAGCACCUGCCAUAUGUGUAGCUGUAUAAUAUGUAGCUCAUUAAGUUUCCUCAAAAUCCUUGGUGCGAUUUAAUCAUCUGCCAUUUUUCGUUCUGUAAUGAAAUUGUGCCAUAUCAGAGGUUGAUAUGACAAAGUGAAUGUUUUUUUUCUUUUUUUUUAACACAACAUUUUUUUUAUCCUUCUGGAACCCACAGUAUUUAUAAAGUUAAACCUGUUAUUCACCUCCAUCCUUUGGUAGCAACCUGCAUUAUCCUGUUUUAGCCUUAAAGUUUUUGAGUACCUCACUGGUUUUCUCUCCUGUAGCUGAGAGCUUUAUGUUUUUUUGUUUUAUUUUAUAAUUUUUUGUUUAUAUAUUUAUCCUCAGGUCCUCUUAGAUGAAUAAUUUUGGCACUUGUGUGAUGUUUAAAGGUAUACCUUUAUGCAUAUGUAUCUAAAAUGUUGUGAUAUAGAUGAAAUGGCCAUGAUGUAGAUCUCAAAAUUGAUUUUGGUACAUUAUUCUGAAGUACGAAUCAGCAUGAUAAAAUUAAAGCACAGCAUCAUUGUCAGUUAUGAACAGCACACAAGUUACUUGAUCCAGCUGAAUCUAAUUAUGCUCAUUAUUCAGCAACAUUUGGCCAUUUCAUGUAAAGUAAUGCUUAUGUAAAUAUUGACAAUCAUGCCAAGCAGGUUUUUAAGACAUUGAUAAGGGAACAUUUUUUGACCGGGGUACAUAUACUCAAAGCAGAACUCUGAUGUUGUAUGGGCUUUAUAAAUUUAGCUGCUUGUAUAUUUUGUUUUUGGUGUGAUACUGCAUUUGAUGUUCUUUUUUAUUGCAUACUGUGAUUAUGAAAUAUUAGUUGUACAAUAUAAACGUUUCCUUCAGGGUUUUUGAAUUCAGUCAAGUGCUGUUUUUAUUCACUUUUUUGUUUUUUGGGUUGCGUCAUGUUUCUAUUUGAAAUGUCAUUUGUUCCUAUUGCUAAAUCUAAUUAAAAAUAAUUGUGGCUUUACAUGUAAACCGAGAAAUACUCCUCGACGUACACUAUAGAUCUUGCAAACAACCAAAAACUGUAUGGUUCCUGUUUGUAGGAAUUUGCUUGUUGCACAAAACUUAGCCUUGCAGAUUGGUUUUUAUAUUUCCAGAUAAAACUCCUGUAAGCUCUUAUAGUUUGGAGUUAGAGCAAGAAUUUGGAAAGCAUGUCUUUUUAUUUUUUAUUUUUUUUUUCAUUUUCACUACUGUGGUCUGAUGUUUGUAUUGAUGUCUGUCUUCCACACUUGACUUUUGCCUAUUCCAAAUAUUAAUUAGGCCUAUAAUUUUACUUGUUUUGAUUUGUACCCCUGUAAAACAUGACUGUGUUUUUAGGGACCUUGGCUUUGCCAUUGCUUUUAAAACUAGUUUUGCCUUUCACAUUUCCUUAGAUGGCCUUUUUAUGUGUCAUGUGUUCGUUUUUGAUACAUCAUAAAGAAAAUAUGUGUUUUAUUCUCUAUAAUUCAGAACCAAAUUCCACUUGUACAGUUGUAUGUAAAAUUGCAUGUAUGUGAAGUCUUGAGGAUAAAAAAUUCAACUACAAAAACAACAUAUUUUGUAUCAUCUGUGCCACUAACACUGUGACAUUAAAAUGUAUUCAUGUUCAUA